AUGCCCAGGACCUCGGCAGGGACCUCGGCGGGCCACCAUCCUGGUUCCCAAGUCUCUGUGAAGGUUGUGACUGCCAACGCCACUGCCACGUCCACAGGGAGGUUCAGCGUGGUGUCUGGGCUGCAGGUUCACCAGCGGGGCACACUCAAAGACCAGUUUGGGCCUUGCUUUUCUCAUGAUGUUGAGAACCUUGUGGCCUUUGAUAUCUGCUCUGAAUUCCUGUUUCCUGCUCUCCACGGUCUGGGGGGUGGACAGAGGAAGACAAACCCCUCCCUGGCCGCCCCUCCUUGCCCCUUCCCCGAUAAGGGUUCCCACCAUGGAGACGGGUCUCAGGCGUCGUGGGGUGCCCAGCAGUUAGCCUCUCGCUGUGAUAAUGACGUCCUUCACUCGGCCUACUUGCUGGUGGUCUGCGAUGGGAGGUUGUGCUGCAGGGCCCCGGCAUCCAUGGGUGACGGAACGCGGGAGAGGAGCUGCUGUGGAGCACUCGUAGACGCCAGGGCCAGCCCCAUGUUUCUCUCCACACAAGCUACCUGCAUCCACUUCCUGUCCAUCAGCACUGACGAGCAAGAUGAAAUUUAG